GAGAGAAUUGCGGAUCUAUCAAUUUGCAGGGGUCUGGAUCCCAAAGGGGGCAGAGUUCCAGAGCUGCAGCCUGCAGGGCAGGGGAAGGGAAGAAAAUAGGAGAGAAUGGGAUCUGGUAUUGGAGCCUUGCUGGUGCUUGUAGCAGCAUGUCUCACGCUUGCGCCGCCCUGCGUUCUGGCUUCUUCUCGCAAGUUUGAUUUGAGCAUCGCACGACCAAACUUGGUAAACUUCACAGGUGGUCCAUUUUCUUUAAGCCCCCGAUUUGCUUUUGACUCUUCAAAAUCGAAGCGACUCUCAUGGCAUCCUAGGGUCUUCUUGUAUGAAGGUUUCCUUUCUGACAUGGAAUGCGACUACUUAAUAUCUAUGGCACGUGAUAAGAUGGAUUCUUCUUUAGUUAAUGAAGGUGCUAGAGAUAAUUUGCAGAACAACACUAAUGCAAACAUCAAAGCAUACCUGGUUGAUAGCAAAGACACAAUUGUUUCAAAGAUCGAGGAUAGGAUAUCAACAUGGAGCUUUCUUCCAAAAGAAUAUGGAGGGAGUAUGCAGAUUUUGAAGUAUAGGGUGAACAAAAGUGGCUAUAACAAGGAUGAACCUCAAUCAAGCAGUAGGGGUGAUAGACUAGUGACAAUUUUGAUGUAUCUUUCUGAUGUCAAGCGAGGUGGUGAAACUGUCUUCCCCAGAUCUGAGCUGAAGGGCGCUCAAGUUGACCAGGGGACACCAUCUGAAUGUUCCGGUUAUGCAGUGCAUCCUGUUAAGGGCAAUGCAAUUUUGUUGUUCGAUUUAAAGCCUGAUGGAGUAAUAGACCAGGACGGCCAAUAUGAAGUGUGUUCUGUCCUUGAAGGUGAGGAAUGGCUGGCCAUAAAACAUAUCCAUUUGAGAAAGAUUGAUACUCCAAAAUCUUCACUGGCGUAUGAGGAUGAGUGCACAGAUGAAGAUGAUAGAUGUUUCAGUUGGGCUACUGGUGGGGAAUGUGACAGGAAUUCAGUCUUCAUGAUUGGCAGUCCGGACUACUAUGGCACUUGUCGGAAGAGCUGUCGUGCGUGCUGAGCGUUUUUAGAUUUUCUUGAGUGCAAACAUGAAUGUUGUUGGCAGAGAAUGGCUCAACUAAGUGUAUAUGGUGCCAGAUUUUUCUUUACACGUGUCAGGGAAUAUAGUUUAGACUUCCCCUUUUCUGUUUGUGACAGUCUGGAUGUCUAGUUGAGUUCUUAGAUUCACCCCAGAUUAUAAAAUAAUGUGCAGUUCAUUUUGUUCCAUAGACAAUUUUUUGCUAUGCCAGCAUGGCUAAUCGAGUGUUUUUAUUCAGAGUUA